AUGGUCAACUUCUCAAGGACACCCACUUCGGAGCGCGUCCGAUUUUCAAGAGACACAAAGCUGUCAGACUAUGAGAAACGAAGACGGUCUACCGCAGCAAGCGAGUUUUUGGAGAACAAUAGCAGCACGAAUUUGAAGACGGACCGCUACAGAUCGUCCAUCGGAUCAAGCCUCAAAACGCGCUAUGAAUCGCCUAGGUCUAUUUUGCGACCAUCCGCUCAUGAAAAAAAAUCAUACGAACUCUUCGGUGAGUCGCCCAUUCGCAGUAUUCCAGACUCUAGACGCUUUGAGACUGAUGAUAUUCUAAGUUCCAUCAAGAAGAAACGCUAUCCGCUAACAGAUCGGCGCUCGCGAGUGACAAAGCCAACCUCCAGUCGUGCCCAUGACAGUCUUUUGGGGUCUUUGACCUCAAUUGGCUCCAAACUCUUGCAAUCUGUGCUGUACAACGAAAAUAAGGACAUUGCGUCAGAGCAAGAAACUAAACAAGAGGUAAGGCCCACUGAAGGGAUAAAAAUCGACCCUGUCCAGCCAAUUAGUUCUCCCCACAGUUUGGAGCGAACAUUGAACGAGAAAUUUCGCCUUCUGGAGAAUCUCAUUCGCGAGCUCAAGACUGAAAGCAGAGAGACAGUGAUGGACAAGCUUACUGAUCUUAAAGGUGAGAUUCUUAAUCUUCGAGCAUCUCAAGAACUAAUAAACACAAAGUUUGAAGAAAGAUAUGAAGAGCUUAGGAUUGAAAAUGAGCUUAAUAAGCGCAAGUUUGAGAAGUUAUUUGCUGACUUGGAAGCCAAACGCGAUGAGUUGGACAAGGAGAAGACUGAGUACAUCAGGCUCCUGCAGAAGGAAACACGCAAGCGAUAUGGAGACUCUCUUGGCUCAGAUGAAGACGAAUAUCCAAGAAAGAGACGAGUUGUGAGAGAAAAUGCACAGGACACGAUCGACAAAAUGAGGAAAAGGAAUAAGCAAAUGAAUCAGAAUAUCUCGGAAAGCAUCUCUACAACGAAGAAGAUUGAUAGCAUGAUUUAA